CAUCCUUGCCUCAAAAUGUACAAGACAUGCAGAGCCCUAACAGUCUUUGACGAGAAGGCUGGCAAAAUGUUCUUGAGUGUGCUUUGUAUUUUUGUGCUCUCCUUAGCGGGAUGUCAAGCUCAAUGGAAUGUGGGAAUUGGUAUUGCCGACACCACCGGACCGGCUUCAGAGAUCGGAAUGAUGGGAUUUGCCAAGGCCGGACAAAACACCGCUGGAAUUCACACUCGCCUAUUUUCCCGAGCUUACAUCUUUGAUGACGGCGUGAAACGCGGAGUGUUCGUGUCAGUGGACAUGGGAAUGAUGGGACAGCUGCUGAAGCUGGAGUUGGUGGAAAAACUUCAAGAGGAAUUUGGCGAUGUGUACAACCACGAAAAUGUGGUGGUCUCUGGUACACACACGCAUUCAGGUCCAGCUGGCUAUCUUCAGUUCGUUAUUUUCGACGUGACCUGCUUGGGUUUUUAUGAGCAGGGUUACCAAGUUCUCUUGGAUGGAAUUCUCGAGUCCAUUCGAAGAGCGCAUGGGAACAUGAAACCCGCCCGAGUGUUUUACGUUCAAGAUGAGCUCCAUGAGGCUAAUAUCAAUCGGUCACCAACUUCGUACUUGGUUAAUCCAGAGGCGGAGAGAGCUCUUUACGACUACGACACCGAUCACCUCUUCACGCAAUUGAACAUUGUCGAUGCGACUACUGACGAGCCUCUGGGUCUCAUCAAUUGGUUUGCCGUUCAUCCCGUGUCCAUGAAUAACAGCAAUCACAUGAUCUCCGGCGACAACAAAGGGGCGGCCAGCCAAUUCAUGGAGCGCGAGAUCAAUGGCAAGGACACCCUAAUUGGACAAGGGUCGUUUGUGGCCGCAUUUGCCGCUACGAACUUGGGAGAUACCUCGCCCAAUCUGAACGGGCCGAAAUGUCGCGACACUGGCCUUCCCUGCGAUACCGAGCACUCUACAUGCGACGGCCGAAAUUGGGAAUGUAUCGCCAUGGGACCCGGUGAGGACAUGUUUGAGUCCACAUACAUGAUCGCAGACAGGCAAUAUCAAAAAGCUCGAGAGUUGCUCGCUAAUCGGGAUUUCGAGCUGACCGGCGCGGUCAAUUUUGUUCAUCAAUGGAUCGACAUGUCUAAACAAGAGGUUUCGCUUGAAAAUGGUGAGACGGCCACGACAUGUCCGGCUGCCAUGGGCUAUGCGUUUGCUGCUGGGUGCACCGAUGGGCCAGGCGCUUUCAAUUUUAUGCAAGGAACUAACGAGUCAAAUGCCUUCUGGGACAUUGUGAGUGGGAUUUUGAAGGAUCCAAGUCCCGAGCAAGAGGCUUGUCACGCCCCCAAACCUAUUCUUUUGGACACCGGAGAGAUCACAUUUCCCUACCGCUGGCAUCCUGACAUUGUGGACACCCAAAUGAUGCAAUUGGGUGACCUAAUCAUUGGCGCCAUGCCCGGUGAAUUUACCACCAUGGCAGGCAGGCGGAUGAGAAAUACUAUCUAUAACGCGGCUGUGGACAAUGGGGCUUCUUCCGACACCAAAGUGGUUUUGGCCGGUCUUUGCAACGUGUACACGCAUUACAUCACCACUUUCGAGGAAUACCAACGACAGCGUUAUGAAGCUGCCUCCACCAUAUUUGGACCUCACACUCUCCGGGCCUAUCAACAACAGUACGGAGCACUGACCGCCAGCCUAGUUACGAACGAAGCUGUCCCGCAAUUGGAACCCCCGCCAAAUCUGCAUGAGGAUCAAAUCAGCUUGAUUCCUGGCGUCGAGGAUCAAUACCCUACAAAUGGAUUGACCUUUGGGGACUGCACUCUUCAACCUGAAAGCGAAGCCUCCGCAGGAGACACGGUGAAGGUGCGAUUCGUGUCUGGCAGUCUCAGGAGCGACUUGAAAGUGGGAGGAACUUACUUGAGAGUCGAGCGAGAACAGGACGGACAAUGGAUCACGGUUCACACCGAUGCCGAUUGGGAAACGAGGUUGUAUUGGGAGUCCGACGAUCCCAUCAACGGAGGCAAUAGUGUGGAGAUCUGGUGGCAAAUCCCAUCGGAUGUCCAAACUGGAGUGUAUCGCAUCACUUUUGAGAGUGCAUUCAAAGAUCCAGAGGAUGCCAUUGUCAAGCCAUUCGCUGGUCAAUCCAAUGAGUUUAACGUCGCAUAAAUGGAAUAAACACAAUCGGUGUUCAUUCGGUUCUCCGGCACAAGGUU